AUACCGCAGGACUAGUAGCAGGUGGUUUCUUGACAGGGUGAUGCUGGCAUUUGCGUCAGGCUUAUGAAGUGGCAGCCCCAAGCUCGCCGUGGAGGGGCGGAUCGGCGAGGGACUGUUAGCAAAGAUGGCGGUGGCGGCUGCCGCGGCGAGGGUCUGGGGGUCAAGCCGAGGCUUGGGCUGGGUUGGCCUUCUCCACCUGCGGCGGCCAGGGGCUCGUGGGCUGGCUAUAUCACAUCCCCAGAGGCAGCAGCAGCACUUCUCAUCCCUGGAUGACAAGCCCCAGUUCCCAGGGGCCUCGGCGGAGUUUAUAGACAAGCUCGAGUUCAUCCAGCCCAAUGUCAUCUCUGGGAUCCCCAUCUACCGCGUCAUGGACCGGCAGGGCCAGAUCAUCAACCCCAGCGAGGAUCCCCACCUGCCCCAGGAGAAGGUGCUCAAGUUCUACAAGACCAUGACGCUGCUCAACACCAUGGACCGCAUCCUCUAUGAGUCCCAGAGACAGGGCCGGAUAUCCUUCUACAUGACCAACUAUGGUGAGGAGGGGACGCACGUGGGGAGUGCAGCAGCCCUGGACAGCACGGACCUGGUGUUUGGCCAGUACCGGGAGGCAGGCGUGCUCAUGUACCGGAACUACCCCCUGGAACUGUUCAUGGCCCAGUGCUACGGCAACGUGAGCGACCUGGGCAAGGGGCGCCAGAUGCCCGUCCACUAUGGCUGCAGGGAGCGCCAUUUCGUCACCAUCUCCUCUCCACUGGCCACGCAGAUCCCUCAGGCGGUGGGGGCAGCCUACGCGGCCAAGCGGGCCAACGCCAACAGGGUCAUCAUCUGUUACUUCGGAGAGGGCGCGGCCAGUGAGGGGGACGCCCACGCCGGCUUCAACUUCGCCGCCACCCUCGAGUGCCCCAUCAUCUUCUUCUGCCGGAACAACGGCUAUGCCAUCUCCACGCCCACCUCUGAGCAGUACCGCGGGGAUGGCAUCGCGGCUCGAGGCCCCGGAUACGGCAUCCUGUCCAUUCGCGUGGAUGGCAAUGAUGUGUUUGCUGUGUACAACGCCACCAAGGAGGCCCGGCGGCGGGCCGUGGCGGAGAACCAGCCCUUCCUCAUUGAGGCCAUGACCUACAGGAUCGGGCACCACAGCACCAGCGACGACAGCUCAGCGUACCGCUCAGUGGACGAGGUCAAUUACUGGGACAAGCAGGACCACCCCAUCUCCCGGCUGAGGCACUACCUGCAGAGCUGUGGCUGGUGGGACGAUGAGCAGGAGAAGGCCUGGAGGAAGCAGUCCCGCAAGAAGGUGAUGGAGGCCUUUGAGCAGGCCGAGCGGAAGCUGAAGCCCAGCCCCAGCCUGCUCUUCUCAGAUGUGUAUCAGGAGAUGCCUACCCAGCUCCGCAAGCAGCAGGAGUCUUUGGCCCGUCACCUCCAGGCCUAUGGGGAGCACUACCCCCUGGAUCACUUCGAGAAGUGAGGCUACUUGGCCCAUCCCCACCUACGCCAACUCUGCCUCUGAGGGCAGAGGCGGCCAGGGCAGCACUUGGGGCGGCUCCUGCCUCUCCAUGCUGUUAACGUUGGUGGGGCCUUGGUCAGCCCCUUCUUCGCCUUUAGUUACAGGGUCUUCUCCCAGGGGCUGGGCAAGGGCACCUCCAGGACUGGAAGCCCCUCAGGGCUGGGGGUGGACGUGGCAGGUCAGCCUGUGGAACUUACUCAGAGUGAGAGGUGGUCAGCAGGUAGUGAAUAAACUAUGUCUCUGCAUUUGGCUUCAUGCUACCUCUGGUUUCUGUUUCCUGGAGUUGGGGAUGUGGGAGGAGAGGCCAGCAUGACUGGUUUGGGACCACCCGUGCUUCUCCAGUUGAGAUAAAUAAGGCCAAGGCUGUUGAGCUAUCUUCUUCCUCCAGAAACUUUUGCAAGCUGGAAGGUCAGCUUCAGCAAACAGGAUGGGGGUGGGGUCCUCCAGAGAUGGCCUCUUGUCUCCCAUAGAAUGGGUCAAAGCUGGUGUCCAGCAAGGUGACCGAGAGGCCAUCGGAGCCGGCCUUGCCCAGUAAGGGUGGGGAGAGCGUCUGGUGUGAAGGUCAGGGUGCAGCUGAGCUUUGCUCCGUAAACUGCCUCAAGGCCCCAUAGACAGAGACGACAACUCCAGGCCCCGUAGACAGAGACGACGACUCCAGGCCUCAGAAACUGAAAGACGGAAACAGUCUGUCGCCUCUUGGGGAGGCCCAGGGAGGGCUCAGGCAGCCUCCAUUCCAGGACCUCCUUCCUCGCAACGAGGCCUAGAAAGAGAGGCUGAGCAAGGGGCUGGCGCCAAGGCCCAGGCCAGGUCUGCCCUCCCCGCCCCGCCCCACCUCCGAGUCUCAGCACUGGAGCUGAGGGUCCCGCAGCUGUUUCCAGAGCCGGACGCUGUCCUGGGGGCUGAGGGGCCGCACCAGCAGCAGGUCACGGAAAGCACAGGGGUCAGCAGUGCGGCCUGCCGGCCAGGCCGUGAGGAAGCCUUUGUGGGUCCUGGGGGCCAGGCCCAGGGCUUGGAAGCACAGGCCGGUGUAGACAUCAUCGAAGGGGAAGGGGGCCACGCGGGCCGCCGCCCGCAGCAGCCAGGGUGCCAAGCGGCCCGCGAUGAUGUAGCCGCCCCCACUUGCGUAGGCUGGGUAGCCGCCUUCAAAGAAGGACCCAGGCACGUAGAAGGGCCUUCCAGGCUUCCGGAGGGGCUUGGCCUGGGUGAAGACCUCACCCAGGUAGAGGCCACGGGCCGUGCUGGGCGGCAGGGCCCGCAGGUGGUCCAGAAGGGCGGGGACGCGCACGAAGGCGUCAUCCAGGGCUUGCAGGAUGAAGCUCACGCUGGGGCAGUGGCGGCCCAGCCAGGCCAGCAGCAGGAGGUCCUUGAGCGUCUGGUUGAAGGGGGCGUCAAGGAAGUCCCAGAGCAGCAGGUCGCUGUAGCGGCGGCUCUCCCAGGCCACCAGGGAGCCUAGGUCAGGCCUCCCCUCGCCCGCCGGGGACCCCAGCAGGAAGAGCAGCCGGACCCCGGGAGCCGGCCUGCCCCACGUCUCCCUCACGGCCUGUCGUUCUGCAAAGCGCCCUGGUUCCGACUUGACGGCCAACAGCAGGUAGGGGACGUCGGGGUCCUCGCAGCUGGCCACCUGGCCACCGCCACCCCUGGGCAGCCACCGUGGGAAGCUCCGGCAGGCUGCCGACAGCAGGAAGUGGCGGAGGUCCUCGGGGUAGGAGGCGAAGUCGGGGAUCUCGGCCGCAGCGGCAGCUCCCCAAGCGCGGCAGCCCCCCACCUCAGUGCUGUCCCCACUGGGCAGGGUCCCCAACCGCCACUGCUGCUGGUUCCAGUAGGCCGAGGGCAGCGGGUCAGUCUGGCCCAGACGGGCCGAGAGGUUAGCCGGCAGGGUGGGCUCGGGGCUGGCUGGCGUGGGGCCUGGUGGGGUGCUGCGGGGUCCCGGGUAGGCCUUACCCAGCCGGGGCUCAGACGUCCACUCGAUGUACACUUUGAGGCCCAAGAGUGUGAGCAGUGCUGACAGGCAGAGAAGGCACUUGGGGCAGCGCAUGACCCGGCCCAGGAAAGGGCAGCUGUGGGACCUGCGAAAGAGCCACAGAGGCCUUUUGGGGUGCAGGGGCGGGCCCUCGGGCCCUGCCGAGCCCUCCAGGGCUUCUCGUAGUCUCAGACCCUAAACCAGCCCUCCACCAACGACCCUGUACGAAUCCCUAUUCUACUCGCAUUCCAGCACCCUGUUCUUGCCACUCAGCCUAGCUCCUUCUACUUUCGUAGAAACCCGGGAGGCUACCUAUUCCCCAUCCGCACCCCAGAGACCAGGGACUCCGCCAUUCCAACCUCCCUCUCCCCCCAGUUCAUCCCCCUUACCAGGAGUCAGUAUCACCGGGGUCACCUCCUCGCCCGACAGUCCCCACCCCAGGCACGGCUCCCUCCCCUUUACCUCUGGGUCUGGCUCUGGCCAGCUCCAGCGCCCUGGGCCUUGGGCCGCCCCUCUGCCCUCGUCCGGCAGCGCUGGUGUCUCCAGCACUGUUGUUCUCCAGCCCAGCCCAGCCCAGCCCAGCCGGUCUGUGGGAGGCUGGGAG